AUGGCCCUUUGCUCUCGAUAUGCCCAGUUUAUGCGCCCCUUCGAGCUGGUUCGUAACAAGCCCAGUGAGGCUCAUGUCGGCUACAAGAAAUUCCAGCUACUGUUUGCAGAGCAAGCCGCUAAUGAAAACCAGUGGUGCCUUCAAGGCUUUUCCUGCCCCUCUCUCUCCCUGCAGAACCACGUCCUGACCCUGAUGUCCAUGGCUGCUCGCAUCUACAAGCACCCCAGCCUGAAGAACUCCAUCAACCUGGUGGUGGUGAAGGUGCUGGUGGUGGACGAGGCGACGGCAGGGCCGGAGGUGUCCGACAACGGCGGGCUCACCCUGCGCAACUUCUGCAGCUGGCAGCAAAGGUUCAACCCCCCGAGCGACCGGCACCCGGAGCACUAUGACACUGCCAUCCUGCUGACCAGACAGGACUUCUGCGGACACCAAAGCUGCGACACGCUGGGAGUGGCGGAUAUCGGCACCAUGUGCGACCGCAACAAAAGCUGCUCGGUGAUCGAGGACGAGGGCCUGCAGGCAGCCUACACCCUGGCUCACGAACUGGGCCACGUGCUCAGCAUGCCCCACGAUGACUCCAAGACCUGCGAGCGGCUCUUCGGGCCCCUCGGCAAGCACCAUAUGAUGGCUCCUCUUUUCAUCCACUUGAACAAGACCCAGCCGUGGUCCCCUUGCAGCGCCAUGUACCUCACCGAGUUCCUGGACGGAGGGCAUGGCGACUGCUUGCUCGAUGCCCCGGCCGCCCCCCUCUCCCUGCCCGCCGAGCUGCCCGGCCGAGGAGCCCUGUACAGCCUGGACCAGCAAUGCCAGCAGAUCUUUGGCAAGGACUUCCAGCACUGCCCCAACACCACGGAGGAGGAUAUCUGCGCCCAGCUCUGGUGCAGGACCGGCAGCGGGGAGCCCCUUUGCCACACCAAGAAUGGCAGCUUGCCGUGGGCCGACGGCACCCCCUGCAAAGCCGGCGGGCUGUGCUGGGACGGACGCUGCGUGCCGCAGGACGCCCUGAUGCCCCAGCCGGCGGUGGACGGUGGCUGGGGCCCGUGGAGCCCCUGGGGCUCCUGCUCCCGGACCUGCGGCGGCGGCGUGCAGUUCUCCUACCGCCACUGCGACAGCCCCAAGCCCCAGCACGGCGGCAAUUACUGCGAGGGCCAGCGUGCCAAGUACCAGUCCUGCCACACCAACGAGUGCCCGCCGGACGGGAAAAGCUUUCGGGAGCAGCAGUGUGAGAAGUACAACAGCUACAACUUUACAGAUCUAGAAGGGAAUCUCCUGGAGUGGGUUCCCAAAUAUGCGGGAGUGUCACCCCGAGACCGAUGCAAGCUUUUUUGCCGAGCCAGAGGGAGGAGCGAAUUUAAAGUCUUUGAGGCCAAAGUGAUCGAUGGGACGCUGUGCGGACCGGAGACCCUCUCCAUCUGCGUCCAUGGCCAGUGCAUCAAGGCUGGCUGCGAUCACGUAGUCGGGUCGUCCAAGAAGCUGGACAAGUGCGGGGUGUGCGGCGGCAACGGCUCAACUUGCAGGAAAAUAUCCGGCUCGCUCAACCGAUCCAAAUACGGCUACAACGACAUCGUCACCAUCCCUGCCGGAGCAACCAACAUCGACAUCAAACAGCGCAGCCACCGCGGGGUCCGUCACGAUGGGAAUUACCUGGCCCUGAGGACCCUCGAGGGCAAGUACCUGCUGAAUGGAGACUUUGCCAUCUCGGCCAUGGAGCAGGACAUCCUCAUUAAGGGGACCAUCCUGAAAUACAGCGGCUCCAUGACGACCCUGGAGAGGCUGCAGAGCUUCCGACAGCUCCCAGAGCCCCUGACUGUCCAGCUGCUGACCAUUGCCAGCGAGGUCUUCCCACCAAAAGUCAAGUACACCUUCUUCAUCCCCAAGGACGUCCCUUUCAGCAAGCAGAAGGGCAAAGAGAAGAAGUCAGCCAACGUUAUCCGACCAAUGCUGACCUCCCAGUGGGUCCUGGGCGACUGGUCCGAGUGCUCCAAGACAUGCGGCUCCGGCUGGCAGAGGCGGACGGUGGAUUGCCGGGACAUGGAGGGUCAAACCUCCUCCACCUGCGACAGAGCCCUCAAGCCCGAGGACAUCAAGCCCUGCGGAGACGUCCCCUGCCCGCUCUGGCGCCUGGGUCCCUGGUCUCCCUGCUCCCAAACUUGUGGCGAGGGUGUGCGGACACGCAACGCCUCUUGCAUCGAUUACACCGGUAAAAUCACCGCUCCGGAGAAAUGCAGCUCGCCGGGGCUACCGCCAGCCACCGCCGCCUGCAUGCUGCGGCAGUGCUGA